UUCCUCAAACCGCAGUCAUUCGGCGUUAUAUCCAACAGACGAUUUGGUUUCGCCAAGUUUUCCACGAAAAGCGAAAAAGUUUCUUCGCUUGAGGCGCACGCGUCAAUUUCCAGCAAUUCAAACGAGCCGUUUGCCGCCGUUAACGCCGUUAGUUCUUCGCUGCCGUCGUCAGGGUGAAGAAGUUUUCAUUUCGAACCUCUGGAGCACGUGACCAGCGACGAUAAUUAAUACUUUUUCGUGAGACCGAGUAAUAUCUUUUUGUGUGGUGGGAACUCAGUUAUGUGAAGAAAAUGUUCGGAAGAAGUCUAAGCAGUGACCUAUUUGUGAUUUUGACGAUCGGUACAAUUUCAAUUUCAUCGUGUGUGAGAAUAAACGAUCUACAUGUGCCUGAAGUUAUCAAACAUCGGACUUCUGUUGUGUUGGACUGUGAUUUUAGCGUAGAAGAUUCCGAGCAGGAUUUGGUCGUGAAAUGGUACUUGAAUAGAAAUAAUAGGACAUUGGUUUAUCAGUGGAUUCCAGCCUCCAACAACCGACCUCAAGUACUCGGAGUGUUGAAAGAUCGUUUGAAUAUUAAGAAUGUGGCAGCUCCUGAUGCUAACAGGUUAUAUAGAGCGCUUCAUAUUUUGGAGGCUCAGCCUGACCUUUCAGGAAACUACACGUGCUCUGUGUCUUCCCUCCAAAGUGAGGAUAUAAGGACGAAGAGCAUGCUCGUUUUUGUUCCAGAAAGACUUCUAGUUAUAAGAAGACUCAGUUCCAAUGAAGGAAUUAUUAGAAUAAUAUGUACAGCAGAAGGAGUCUUUCCUAGUCCAGUAAUCACAUUACAAUCGAAGAAGAGGGAGCUGGUCGAAACUGAAAUAACCUCGAAACAACGGGGAAAUCUGUACGACAUCUCAGUGUCAGCGACGUUAAAAGCUUUGGAAGUGCCGGAGGAGUUCUCCUGCGAACUGAGGAUUCCCCAAGCUAACUAUACAGUCAGGAAAGAAACUGUCAUCUAUCCCGGUAGUGCAGGCGAAACGGUGAGAUAUGAAGUUUGGCUGAGUCUUGCUACUUGUGUUUUAGUCUUCAAACAUAUAUUCAGGCAAUAAUAAACCCGAAAACAGCAGAGGGACUUUCAGAAGCCGAUUUCAUAAAAUGUCUGAUAUGGUGAGAUUGAAACUCUCUUCAUUUGAAACCGGGUAAAUUGAAAGUGCAUCAACCCCGAAAAAGUGAUGGUUCCAAUCCGUUCGGAGGCUUUCUCAGCAUGUGAAUGAAUCCUGGACUCUGAAGGAGUGGUUUCUGUACAUGUAUAAAAGGCAACGAUGAUAAAACCUACAUUUUCGGCAGACCCAUCUUCAGCAAUCAAUAUUUCCGAAACAUUGCGUAUGUGAAAAUUUUAUUCUGGUUGUGAUAAAAACGAACUUUCUGAUCGAGGUUACUGGUGAUAUGGUAUCUUCAUUUGAUCUAGCGAAGAGAGUGAUUGAACUGAGAAGUGAAUCGAAUCUGGUACUUAUUAAUGUUGAAUGUGACUAACUUUUGAGAUGUUGCAUGUUGAUUUAUUGAGUUGAAAUAAAAUUUGUUUAACA